UAAAGAAAAAGCACUUUCUUAAAGCAGAUGGACCGCUGCAGCUCACCAGGGACCUUUAUCUUGGUUUUUAGUGCGUGGAUUUCAUGUUGUGCCGCGUUUUAUUUACCCGGUCUUGCUCCUGUUUCAUAUUGUGAAAAGGGGAAGGAAAGUAAAACUUGUUUGGUAAGCGUUGUUUUAGGCAGUAUCAGCAGUUUGAUUAUUGCUAAUUUGAGACUCGUUCAUCUACUGUUUGGUUUGAUCUUCAGGGCACUGUAAGUGGCAAAAAACGAACUUACUACUUUAAUUCGUUAACGUUGCAAAUUGUUGCAAUACGUAUUCUGUUCACUGCAAACAACUUCGGUCAAUUUCUUUAGAAUUUUUAUGUUAGUCAUCCAGUCUGCUUAACUCACAACUUAUCAUGUCAACCCAGCUUACCUUAUCUUAUUUCCUAAUAUUUCAAGUAGAAAGCCAGCUUAUCAUUUUAUAUGCAUGAUUGCCUUAUAAUUAUUAACCUUUCUUCGAGUGUGACAACCUCCAUUUUUCUACUUCUACGUGUAAGCAACUUAUUAAACUUAUUUAAUUUACAGAGGGAAAUUGUUUCAUAUAUGUCGCAGAAAGAGCAAAAAUGUUUUUUUGAACUGUAGUUUCAUGAUUAAAGAAACCAAAUUUAUUUGAAGUUCGUUUUUGAUUAGUCAACCUAUGUAUAUAUAUAUAAAUAUUCCAAGUAGGAUAUAUGGAUAAACUACACGUGUAAUGUGUGAAAAUUAAAUUCAUAACUGUAUUUCUAAGCAGUGAAUUUUUUUGUAUUAAACUUCUCUAGUAUCCUUGACUACCAGUACAGCACAGCAAAAAUUAUGUUGUCACCCAGGUUUACAUCGAGUGGAGCAAAAUCAAAUAAAAAACUCAGUCAAUCAGAUCCUGUGGUUGAUUGUAGCUGAUUGUUUUGUUAUUAUAGUUUUUUUUAUUUUUUGACUUUUGAUAGACUUCGUAAAACAUUUUUAAAGUAUGUGAAGUUUGCAGGAGGAUGCAUUAGUCUUAGAAAGAAUUCAUACAUGUAUAUCCUACAUGUACUACUCUGAACAUGAUCCCAGACUACUUUCGUAGGGAAGUAGAUAAAAAAAAAGAGGUGAAAGAAAUCUCUGACUGCGUGAUUCCUGUUCUACUUGUUGCAUUUACCCUGGGAACUUGAAAUCUUAGUGAUGACCGCCCUGGUGUUUUGCGCUACAGAUGCUGCUGAAACCAGUUGAAACUUAGGCUGUCUGAGCCUAAUGGCCUUGGCGUGCCUUAACCUUUUUUUGUUUUUAAUUAAACAUGAAUAGGGAAGUCUCUGAUGUGUUAGGAAGUGUUUCAUGCUGGUUUUGAAUCCCCCAAAGGAGCUAUCAUUUACAUCAGCAAAUGGUCGACUGCUUAGGCAGCACAUAUCAUGUCUGUUUUAGUGCCUCUUUAGAAGAGCCCGGUUACCAGGAUGAAUUGAGAAAUUUCAGCCCGGUUUCCGAGAUGUGAAAAGGCCAAAGAUCCUAGGGACGAGUUCUGGCACCAAAUUUGAGAACAAAGCAAACAUGGCAAAACACAAAAAUUUUAACUUUUGGGCCUAUCAUAGCUUCAGUAACUCUUAAAGCUGUAUCACUGUAGUUAAAUGGGAUGCUUAUGAUGUGGAAAUUACAGCAGGCAAUGCAAGAUGAUGCCAUUCGGACCACCACGACUCAUCCCGCCGUUCAUCCCAGUAAGCGAGUUGAAGUGUUCAUAUGGCCAAUUUCCAGCCUGCUUGGCGAGAUCUUGGGAACCAAGCCAGCCCACCCUUUCAUAUGAACACAUCAAAAAUUUUACAAAGGAUUUAGAAGUAAGGCGAGAUCUUGGAAACGGGGCCAGCUUGGUCAACCGGGCUUGUAUAAAAGGCCCUUAAAAACCUGUUUGCACAGACAGACAUCUUUAGACUUAAAAGUACUGUCCAGAACCAAAUAUACCACCUCACAUGUUUAGAUUUAUUCAGACAAGUUAUAUCAACAACUCACUUUAAAGCUCACAUUGUUUUUUCUUUACAGAAUAAAGUUGAGUUAUUUGUCAACCGAUUGGAUUCUGUGGAGGCUGUAAUUCCUUAUGAAUAUUCAAGGUAUUGGUUUACAUGGAUGUCAUUAUUUGUUGUGUAUCAGUCCUGUAUUAAUGAAGACGAGAACCCAAGCUGCAGUAAGCAUCCUCUUCCCUAUGCAUCCAUUCCCUCAGAGAAACUAGCACGUUGAAUCCAUUUUAAGUAUCCCACUCCAAUAUUAUUGGGUGGUCUUUCCAGUGAGGACAACCUUUUAACCUGAGGCUGAUUUUGACCGUAAAAUUUCUCACUUCAGAAAAAUAAUAAUGUAUUCAGGUUCUUCCGUGUAGUGUUUGCAUAUUGUAUUACCUUGAGGGAAGGCUAGUUGACUUAUUGAUCUUACAUUGUACCUGUAUUAAAGAAUUUUUGUGGAAUGUUGGGAUGGUUAAGACUUAGUUAAGGCUUUGUGACAAACAUUGGCAUAAAUCAGUAUAUCCAAUUUCAAAUAAUAUGAUCAAAAUGGAAUCUUAUUGAAGGCAUUAUCUUUUAUAAUGAAAGAUUUAAAUAAUUGAAUUAAAUAAUGAAAGAUUUUUAAAAUGAAGUCGUUGUUGUUGAAAGCAUUAUGUAUAUGAAUAUCACUACACCAUUAGUCCUACAUGCAUUUGUCUAUUAACUUAAUCCUUUUGGACUUAUGACAGGCUUGUACAACCAUGGGAAUUUUUUUGUGUGUGUACAGUGUAACUUCCAUGGUAGAAUGCAAUCAUACACUUUCAGACUGAUUUGGUCAUUUGUGUUGUUUUUCAGAUUUGAUUUCUGUGUUCCUACCUCAGAUGAAAAGACUCCCACAGAAAAUCUUGGCCAGGUGAACAACAACAAUACUGAAUUUAUAUCUUUAUAAGUUUGAUGGAGUUGAUCUCAACCAAACAAAAAGGACUAUUGGCACUCUAUCCAAAAUACAUGAGUUUUUCCUCCAACGUGUCUUAAUGUACAUUCUCAGGGUUUUCAUUAAGAAUUCUAGUAGCAGGAGUAAGGUGUAACAUUACAGGAGAAUACUUUGAAAAAGGCUCCACGUCUAAAUAAAAAAGUAGUCAUAGGCUACCAAUCAUUAGCUGGAGAUUUCUGUGUACAUAGUAGACAGAGAAUUCUCCAAUCUUUGAUGCCUAAUAAACACCCUGCAUUCUCCGUGCUCUGUCUGCACCAGUGCUACCAUAAUUUUAUGCUGGACACCAAAGGAGUGCAAAAUGAUCACCUUUUCGUAGAUAGCUACAUUGCAAUGGCCAGCAAACUUCAGGCUCUUUGUCUUCAACCAUGUGCAAGCCUUUAUGUAGGCAUUGCUUAGUGGUUAUAAUAACUGGCUAAUCCAUCUUGCAUUCAAUAUGUGAUUCGGGUUUGACAGUGUGAUUAUUUUAUAGGUAGUUGUGAUCCUCGAUUAAUCUCCUGCCCUAUGUAAUUCAUGUCACAAAUAACUUGAUGCAUGAUUAAAAAUUUUUUUAGAGUGAAAGAUUGGCAAUACCCAGUGUAUUUUCGAGUUAACGCAAAACCCAAACUGUUCACAAUUUCUGUGUAGUUGCGGUAAAUCAUCCCCAUGGUGGGUUAUUGUUAUUACUGUUACAGUAUAAAAGAUAAAAAGUUAAAUGAGCCUAAGGCCCAAAUGGCCAAAGCUUAUCCCGGUUUCCUUAGCAGGAAGCAUGCCUAGGAUUAUUGCUUCUUCCCCCUGGAUGGGAUGCUAGUCCAUCACUGGGUUACCCCCCCCCCCCCCCAGUAUGGUGUUGGUACCCGCUUGUACGCUUGUGUAAAGAGAGAUAAAAUGGAGUAAAAUUCCUUGUCUAAGGAAACAAGGCAAUGGGCGAGGCUUGAACCCUGGGCCUCCAGAUCUGAACUUUGAGACGGCUUGGCCACUCAUUCCUCCACACUGUUACAGUUUUCUGUUUAUAAAAAUUUAAAUUAAAUAAUGCAAAUUUAUAUUGCACCAAUUGUAACCAACUGUACAAACAACUCUAUCAUUUAUCAUUGAUAUUUUAUUUGCUUCACCACUUAGGUUGUAUUUGGAGAAAGAAUAAGGCCUUCUAUGUACAAUGUAAGAAUUCAUCAACCAUUCAUUCUGUGUUUUGACGGAACAUCUGUCAUACAUUUUGCUUGUUACAUAAUAAUCAAAAUCACUGUCAUAGAAUGUAAGAUUUAUGACAAACAAUAAAAAUAUUGAAUUACUUUUAAGGGUCUGGAUUCACUAGUUGCUUAUACUCAUGUAAUAGUUAUGACUGUUGCUUACAGCUGUAUUAUAUAAAAGUUAAGAUGUUCCGAAAACACAGAAAGCAACACUUUUGUUGUUAGUAGGGUUAUUUUCGUUUCCCAUAUUGGAGGUUGAAGUCGUAAUCUCCAACAUGGUCGCUGUACUGUACAAUAAUCCAAAUUGCCAUGAGAUCACUCCUGUUCACUUGAUUCUUUUAAUUUCAUAGUUUUUGGCAACUACACUUUAGUAGGUCAUUAUUUCGGUCUUCAUCCUAUUUUUCGAGCAUCAUCAGUAUUUUAAUCAAGGACCUGGCUGAGUUGCAUAAAGCAACUUCGGAUUGAAGGAAUAAUUCUAUAAAACCAGGCCGUGGGCCAUUUUUAGUACCUUUUCUUUCUAGGGAUUAAUAAUAUUCCCCUUGAAUUCCCCUUUGCUAUUGUUGUAAGGAGAGCUUACAUGUAAUAUGAUAUAAUAAUUAUUAUUGUUCUUCAUCCCUUUAAAUUUUGUUUUGAAACAGAUAACUUUCAAGAAAGAUGUCCAGUGUAAGACUCUUUGUAAGAAAACUUAUAAAAAUGGUGACAAGGAGCAGAUGAAGAAGCUGGAUUUCUUGAGAGAUGGAAUUGCUCUCAAUUAUCAAAAUCACUGGUAUGCCCUUCAUUUCACAAUGCAUAAUCUUCCCAUUGCUUUGCUUGUUAGUUUGUGGUUGUCCUCAGUCAUGAAAAAUGAAAGCUCCCUUAAAAUGUUGCUUAAAGUCAUAGCUGUACAACAAGGGAGAAGGACAGAAAGGGAGUUUGCAUACAUGUACAUGUAACUACUGGUGCAAAGAAGAGGGAAAGGAAAGUUGAAAGCUCAAAGAGUGUUGUGACUAAGAUUUCAAGUUGCUGGGUGAAUACAACAAUUAGGUGGGGAAUCAAACGGUGAAAUUUGUAGGGAUUUCUUGUUAUUCUAUUUUUCAACUAUUGCCGGUGGGUCACAUUUGUAGUAGUUGGGGCGAAAUCCCUGGCCUUGGCCCUUAAUGACAGCCGUGCAGAAAGGUUUUUGUGUGGGUUAGUAGAGAAGGUGGUAGUUAGUCAGAAGUGCCUUUUUAUGGAGUUUAAAAGGCUUGUUUCUCUUAUCCAUUGAUAGGAUUAUUGAUAACAUGCCAGUUACAUGGUGUUAUGAAGUCGCAGAUGAAACAGCCAAGUACUGUUCAACAGGAUUCCCAAUUGGCUGUCAUGUCUCUGAAGAUGGACAGGCACGAGAUGCCUGCGUUACAAGUGUAAGCUUUAUUUGAUUUUUGUUUAAGAUUUUAGAAGAUUAAGUCCAAAUGUUGCUGUCCAUUUGUAAUUAAAUCUAUUAAUUUUAUUAUCACAGUGUAUAAACACUAAUGAUAAACCAGCUGGGACCUUUCAUGCCAGAACAUGAUGUUAUCACAUCAGAUGAUGGCAUGUUAUUUAUGUGAAGAGAUCACCAUUGCUAUAUGGUUAUACAAUAAAUGGAAUCAUUGACAGCAAGAGAAAAAAUAUUAAAGUGAAAUGGUUUGUUACAGAAAAUGUAUUUCAUUGGCAUUUAUGUGAUACAGUUGUAAAUAGAACAUUACAUAGCCGCUGGGAGAUACUUCUAUGAAAAUUCACUUUGAGUGAUUGUAUUGAUGAAUAUUGCAUUCGUUUGCUGUGCUUGCUCAUAAGAUACAGUACAUUUCAACGUGCACAGAGAACUUUUGUAUUUCCUGGCUGUAAGUUGUCACCUUAACCCUUCUUCGGGCAAUGUAUGGAUGGCCCCAGUUGUUCAAACGUAGAUAAUGUCAUACACUGGAUGAAUCACUGUCCAUCAGACAAACGUAGUCGACACAGUUAUUGGUUUUUCCCUACCAUUUAUCUGCUGGGUAGCAUAUAAUCAAGUAGAUACCACUAUCCAACAUUUGAACCACUAGGCCCUGGUUAAUAGGACAAUCACAAGACUUUUGGAGGGCAUAGUUUAUUUGUGGCCCGAGUAACAUCAUUUGCCCCCAAGCAGAGCGAAGGUACGAGGGACACAUAUAAACUGUAUGCCCUCCAAGAGUCACGUGAUUAUCAUUCGUAUCAACACACAAGGCCAAAUUGUACAAAUUUAUUUCGUAAGGAAAGAUUGUUUAACAUGAAAUCAUGUUGCAGACUCCAAAUUUCAUUUACAGCCCAUACUUUGUUUGUCAAUUGGCUGCGUGUAGUGGUAACAAUAGCAUGCAAGAUAAGUUUUGACAUGCUACUUGUAAUCACAAUUGAUAAUUUAGACACCAAUCUUCUGCUGGACGUGCAUUUACUUUGUUAAAACGUGGAGGCAAUCGCAAACCACUUGCAUGCAAGAUAAAAAUAGAGAAGUCCAAUACUUAACAGUGCAGCUCUGAAAAAGUGGUGAAAACAUCCAUAAAAAUCCCUCAAUAUGUUGAUCCAUACCGGUAAAUAUAUUUUUUUAACUCUUGAAGUGCAUAGUAUUUCACUGACAUGAUACGAAUAAAUAUUUACUUUAUUUCAGAGCAAGUUUAGUGAACGUGGCAUGCAUUAUGUGUUUAACCAUGUUGAUAUUAUAAUCAAGUACCAAUAUGGUAAUGGGCAAGACUGGGAUGGUGCGCGUCUUAUGUCUGCUCAGGUUUCACCCAAAAGGUAAUUUAUGUGGUGUCAAAAAUAAAGUGCAAAUUAAUAGACCCUUUCAUAGUUAUGUUCAAGUUUUGGUAAAGACCAGUAAGAUAAUAUACUUCAAUACUGUUGAAAAGAACGCUUAUAAAAUGGUAAAACAUAGAAACAGGGUUCGCAAAUACGCCAAAUUUGGCGUAUUUUGCGCCAAAAUUGUUCAGAUGAUUCCACUGUGGUUACGGAGGGAGUCACUUCGACUCCAGAAAUUUUCGGUAACAAACACAGUUUUGUCCUUACCUUUUUCGCAACAAAUACAAUUUACAUUAAUUGUAAACGUUGUAAACCUUAAUUAAAUCAUCAAAUUAAAGAAUUAUACUGCACGACAAAACAGGAAGAGGGUAAAUUACGAUCAAAGUUUACUUGAUGACCGCCAUCAUGGAUUUGAGCUUUCCAGCUAAUUCGUGUAUCCCUCACGAUAGUGUAUACAUGCCGGGACCACGUGCUGGAAAGUCUGAUACAGUCAUACUUGACUCCAAAUAUCCCAAAAUGACUCCAAAAUUUGUGAAGCAGAAGUCACACUGAUUCCACUCAUCAAUAAAAUUUGCAAACCCUGUACAAAGUUUAAAGGUGAUACAUCGAAGCGAACAAAGAUAUUGCUCUAUCAUUUUACAGAGAUUUGUGUGGGCCCAUUACUCUUGUCCACCAACCCCCUCACCUUACAAACGUCUGUAAUUUAUUUCUUUUGCAGUUUAAAACACGAGAAAGAAGGUGAAUGUGGUGAUCUUCCAGCUAUGGGAAUACCUACAGAGCCCAAAGAUGAACUAUCCAUCACUUAUUCAUACUCUGUCUCCUUUAUGGUAAGUUCACCAACUCUUAUUCUUUUUACUUUCUUUGUCUCUUGAGGAACAAAACUAAGUACAGGCAGAGGAGAAUAUUCUUGUGGUGAUUAUAUUAUGGGUAACACUGUGAUGGGGUUCGUACUACAUGUAUGGGUUGUGGAAAACCUGGAAAGUCUUGAAAUUUAAGAAUUUCACUUUCCCAGCCUGGAAUUAAAAGUCGUGGAAUUAAUCUUAGUUGUCAGUCAUGGAAAUUCGUGGGAAAUUAAAGCUGUGUUUGGUACAUGUAGAUUAGUCAGUGCAGCUAGCAAGUCAAGGAAAAAUAAGACAAGACAAGUACAUGUAAUUAUACAGCACCAACACCAUGCAUUUCUAUACAGUCCUGAGUUUUUGUCUGUUGAACUGAGUUAUGUAAAAAAGGAAUGAAACCCUCGAAAAAUAAGGAUAGCUUUCAAAAACUAUGCACCUCAAAAUUUUCGAGGUGACAGUGAUUCAAUAUUUAACGAAGGAGACAGUGACCUGUGAUUGAAGGGCUUUUUAUGAUUUUUGGGAUUUCAACAAGUUAACUAGUUUUUCGUAAAGUUUGAUCGGUACAUGACAAAGAACUGUAUCUUUUUUGGACUUUUUAUUUGCGGUUGAUUGUUUAACAAAAUAAACAUCAUUUUAAAUAGUCAACUGAAAAAUUAAAUUUUAAUAUGACAAAGAAGGUUAUUGACAGUGAUUCGCUCCUGUGAUUGAAGGGCUACUUUAUGUUGAAGAUUUCACCACUAACUGAUUUUUUACAUGGACUUUAUUUGCACUUGUAGUAGUAUAGUCAACUGAAAAAUUAAAUUAAUAUGACAAAGAAGGUUAUUACACAUGUCAAUUUCGGUUGAAGCGACGGGAAAAUAUUAUACUUACAAUUUGUGUUCCAUAUGCGGCAAGUAAGCUUCGAAGUGCGAUCUGUGGUGACACUUUUGAAAUGUAAGUUGCGUAACGAACUUCUAGGUUUUUAAAAUAAUUAGUCACCUGAUCUAUUUUUGCUGCGUUGCGCUAAGAUAAUUAAAUAUUCACAAAAAAAUUGACAAACGGCUUGAAAAAUGCAAAUCAGACAGUUUCACCUAAGAUCAUGGAAAACGUGACAAGGUCAUGGAAAAAGUCGUGAUAAGUCAGGGAAUUUGUAGUCUCAAAAGAGCAUGCACCCUGUGCGAGUAAUUUGACGGAAAGAAUUGAUGAAUGUUCAAACCUUUGUAAUGAGUCUAAACUUAUGCAAGAUUCUCACCCAUUAUCUUCGUUGGCGAAUCCUUUGAACAGUCAAUCUUUUCACAAGUGCAGCAUUAUUGAAGGCCUAGUUAUCCAACAGUUGGAGUCCCGGAUUAAACUAUCAAGGUCAUUCAUACUUAGCAAAACUAUUUCCAUUAACAAUCUCCAAAAACUCUGUAAAAUAAAAAUUAUAAUGGAUUUAGUUCAUAGUCUCUUACCUUGAAGAUGACUUAAAAAUUAGUAAAAACAUUUCUUUUUCCUUUUAAGUUUUAGCCUUGUAACAGAGCAUUUAAAUAUACACUGGUGAUCUUUAAUUAAUUUAUUUUUAUUACACUGUAACAAUCCUCCUGCUGUUGUAGAAAGAAGAAGACCCAAAUCAUAAGUGGGCCUCACGCUGGGACUACAUUCUGGACUCCAUGCCUCAUACUAAAAUCCAAUGGUUUAGGUAAGAAACAUGACAAUCACACUCUAAGACCUCUGCAAGCCGGCUUUGGUCAGAAAGAGCUCUCAGGCUGUGUUGAAAUUCAUGCUAGUGAAAUAAUGUGGUCUUGGUCUUCUCCAAAUAAAGUGAAGAUCACAGGGAAAAUCUUUAAACAUGAAUUCCAGACAUUUUGAGCCAACUGGACCAAAUUUUAUUCAUCAUGAAUUUACCUUUUUGAGUUCCCCAUGCCUCAAAACUGCUUUGAUCUUUCAUCAAAUUCUCGUAACUAAUUCAACAGGGAAAUACAUGUACAUGUACAGUUAUGGGGAUAACUUUGCAGGACAAUUAUUAUUUGUAUGUGGCUAUUGGGGCCAGUGUGAGCAGAGCAAAGCAAGUUUACUGGCUAAACUUCAACAUGCAGAGAAGCUGAAAAUUCCAAAAUCACCAUUUUCUGUUGCUAUAAUUAUUAUUGAUUAGUUUAUGUAUUAAUUAAUUAAUUAAGUUAUUUGCACAUUUAUAUUUCAGCAAGGAAUGAGAGAUAAAUUUGUUAUUGUGUUGGACUUACAUGUACUAUAAAACAUUGAGUUGCUGUUAUCAUUUUUUGUAUUCAGCAUCAUGAACUCUCUGGUUAUUGUCCUGUUUCUUUCUGGCAUGGUAGCCAUGAUCAUGCUGCGAACUCUGCAUAAAGACAUCGCUCGUUAUAAUCAAAUGGAUUCAGCGGUAUGUUAUUUUGCCUUCUGCUUGGCAUUGAGUGUUGACAAUGGUCUCAAAAACACAGUUGUUUUAAGCAGAUACAUCCGAUUCAGAAGUUGCUUUUAUUGGCUUGUGAGAGAUGUACACUUUACGAGCAGAUCUUAAUAAAAAAGGGUAAAUUAGAUUUGCGGAAAAAAUCUUUCUCUGGUUGCUGUGCAAUUUUCAGAGCUAUUUUCAUGUAGCAUCUGUUGUUGGGUCUAUCUACCCAAAUGGUCACCUGGUCAGAAAAUUUAUUUAUAUCCUUCCUAAACAGAAAAAUAGUUUGUAGGCCUGCAUAGGGAAACAUGUUGUACCUGUGGGUCAGUUUGAUCUAUCCUUGGUUAAUUUAAUAUUUAAGGCUACAUUAAUGAACUCUGAUUGGACGUCUACUUGUUGUUAGUUAGCUGGGUUAAUGAAUUUAUUCUUUUCAUUUAUCUAUCUGUUUGUAAAGGAUGAUGCACAAGAGGAGUUUGGCUGGAAGUUAGUUCAUGGAGAUGUUUUCCGUCCUCCAAAGAAAGGCAUGCUUCUUUCCAUCAUGCUUGGCUGUGGAUCUCAAAUUUUUAUCAUGGUGUUUUUUACACUAGGUAAGUUGGCAAUACUUUCUGUGAUGAUUAAUCUGAUCAUUUUGGUUACUUUGGGCGUGCAGUGAUCUAUAUGAAGCUAGGGUGGUAGGGUGCAUAAUUUCUCUAUCAAGUCUCUCUGUAAAAAUAAUAACCUCACAGUCCUUACCCCCCACCCCUGUGGAUGUUCCUCCUCUCCUGUGGACACCUCUCCCCAUGGGAUUUCUUGUACAACCUUUUACAUGCAUAAAACUGGUAGGAUUAUUAUUUUUUUCAUUCUACUCAUUGUUCCUAUGCAUCUCUCUUGAUACAUGUGUAUUAGUAGGAAAAUAUGUUAUUUUAUCUUGUGUACUCUUCAUUUAUGUUUGAACUUCGGUCUUUUUCAGUGUUUGCUUGUCUUGGGUUUUUGUCUCCCGCAAACCGUGGAGCCUUGAUGACUUGUUCGUUGGUGAGUAGUUUUGUUGUUUUGGUUUGCUGCAUUGUUCGUAAAAUGGUAUUCUUUUAUGAUCUCACUUAAUAAAGGUAUGGUUUUACUUUUUUUAAUUAGGUGUUGUUUGUUUGCCUUGGGUCUCCUGCUGGUUAUGUGUCUGCUAGAAUUUACAAAAGUAAGUGUCAGUUUGUAAACUUGUUUCUGCACUUAGAGUGGAUUUCCACUGUUGAGUAAUUUUCAUGUGCAUACAUCUCUGUAAAUAGAGUAGAGGCAAUGUAUGAACAGCUGGGUGUAAAAUGCAAUAGUUGUGCAACGUUCAACGUUAAAAGUUUAUGUGCAGCCUUCUAUACAUUGCCUCUAUUUAAUCCAUGCACCUGAAAUUUACCUAAAAAUUGCAUGGAUCCACACCUGUUUCCACCAUUUUUUGGAAAUUGGUCAAAUUUGUCGUAAUAGAUAGAAUUAUUUUUAAUAAAGAAAUAACUUCCCGAGUUGCAAGGCUUCAUCUGAGGAGAAUGAAACAGGCCAAUAUCAUGUCUGAAUUACUCAGAAACCCAGGAAACGGGUACUUAAGGGAGUUGAAAUCAAAAACAUUUCCCGGGGGGUGGGGGAGGGGGUUGCUCCUGGACCCCUCCUAGAAGCUCAUUUAGGAAAUCAGUCAGUAUUUAUCCUAGAUCUGCCCUUGAGGAGAGACUAUUGAAGUGAUUGAAGUUUCUUCAGUGGCCAGGCUUUUGUCUUAGAAUUGUCUAGACAAAUGAUAAUUAUUUUGCAAGUCUCUCUCUCUCUCUCUUGUCCAGUGAAAACGUUCAUGCCUUCACCCAUGUUGUUUUAUUCGUUUAUCAUACUGGGAUUAAUUUGUUAACUGUUCAUGUUUUUUUUAACAAGUGAUUGGUGGUGAGUUGUGGAAGACAAAUGUUCUGUUGUCUGCAUUCUUCUUUCCUGGGUGAGUUAACAUUUGUUACUGCUUUUAUUCAUCAGUGCAACAAUGCAGGAUUUCUACAUUUAAGUCCUCUCCCUAGUGUUCAAGGAAAAUCAUUAUUUCAUUUUGUUGGAACACCCCCAAAAAUAAUAAUAAAAAUUUGGUUAUCAAGGUUCGCCAAUUUAUGGCAGGGUCACGGCAGUAGCAUUCAUGAAAAGCUAAUUACUGCAGUCCCAUAACAGUCUCCUCGCUUGUUUAUAAUUAUUGGUAUUUUGUGAUUUCAGGUUGAUGUUUGGCAUUUUCUUCCUGUUGAAUCUUGUAUUGUGGGCAGAAGGUUCAUCAGCUGCUGUUCCAUUUACCACCUUGCUGGCUCUCUUGGCCAUGUGGUAUGUUUUUUGUGCACCAUGAUUUAUUACACUAGUUAAGGUCAGUGGAAAAUUUAACAAAGUUAGCUGUCACAAACUUAGCGGUCUCUGCCAGUCAGUGGUCAAACUCCCAAGUGUAGGCUCACAUGGAACUUUGUUCUUAUUAUUUAAACAUUUUUGUACGUAAAUAUUAUGAAUUUUUUCUUGACUUUGGUGAGGUUUCAUUUUCAAAUUAGCAGAAUAAAUUCUCUUGAUCUUUCAUUCUGUAGAUGAAACACUGCAUUUGCCAAAAACAUUUAAUAAAGAGUGAUUUUGUUGCUCAACAGGUUUGGCAUUUCUGUCCCUCUUACCUUUCUGGGAGCUUAUCUUGGAUUUAAAAAGAAGGUACUAUAAGUACAUGUAAUAUCAUGUGUUAAAAAGAAAAAUUUAGCUUAACAGAUCAAAGCCAGCUUUAAUCCAUUUCCAAUAGAUGAGUGUGGGGAAAAGUGGCUGGAGAAACUGAGGGACCUGAAACCAAGCACAGAUGGUAACCAUGACAACCCUGUCAGGGGCACCUACCAGGCAGCAUCACCCAGAGAACCAGACACAACCAGAGGGAGGGGAGGGCUGGGAGCAAAAUGGCUAAAACACUGUUACAUGAACAGCGAUCUGAGCAAAAUUAAUUGACCUUAAUGAAAGUCAAAAUGUCAGUCACUGUCGUUAACAACAGUCCUAUUCAGGACUUCGUUCACGUGGAUGAUCAUACUCAACCUACUGAUGAAAUGACUCCUGGGUUCAAACGUUUCACAGUCUUAAUGAAAGUGCUGUGAAAUUACUGAAAAUGCAAAUGUCCUGCCCUGCAAAUACCCUGGGACUGCCACACAUACAAUUCGAGACACAGAGUGCUUGCCAGCAGUGUCUUGUGCCUAGCUAAGUUACAUUAAAAUGGCAGAACAGGCCACACUGUCAGUUUGGAAUGGAUAUCAUUUCAGACACUCUGUAAUAAAGCCAUUAUUUUGAACUACAAUUGUAGCUUUCUUUUCUUAUUGUAUUUAGCCAAUUGAACAGCCUGUGCGAACCAACCAAAUCCCUCGGCAGAUUCCGGAACAGGUAGUUGUUCUUUUGUUUGAUACAUCUACUUCACAUCUUUAAUUUGCUUUCGAGAGUUCUUAACACCAGAAAGUCCUUAAACAUUGUUGAUGGGUUUGUAUUGCAGGUCUUGCAAACCCGUUAAUAAUUUCUUUAAGUUUAUUUCAUCUUGCACCAAGCUUGUUCACUGACGAUGCAUGGAUUUUGUCCAAGUUCUUUCUUGCACUUGAACAGACAGAGAAGAAGUCAAGGGCAGCGACAAAAAAGAAAGAACUAGGCAAAAAUCCAGGGUCCUUGAGCAAACAAGCCUUGGUCAGUAAAGGAUUCAUUAUGCGGCCAUAAAGAGAACAUUUUCCUGUGGAAGAAAUGGGGGAAAUCCUGAGCAGUUAAGAUUGUCCCAUCUUUCCUGCUCAGGUAGCCAAUGAGAACACAGCGUCAGUGUCAUCUUGCCCACUCGCAGAUUAACCCAUAUCUGCUUUAUUGACCAAGCACGGAGACUAAUUAUCUUCCUUUUACUGAAAUUCCUUUUGCAGAGCAUCUACACCCGUGCUGCCCCUGGAAUCAUCAUGGGUGGAGUUUUACCAUUUGGCUGCAUUUUUAUCCAAUUAUUCUUCAUUCUCAACAGCAUUUGGUAAGUAAUUGAACUGAGCUUAAAACAAUCAUGUGGUUGUUUAUGACUUCCCUGUCUAGUGUAAAGUCAUGUCUGGUAGUCUGAAACCAGUAGAUUUUCGUGCUGGGCAAGUAACUUUUAAUGCUUUCUUGCCCAAUGGACAGGGCAAGUCAUCCUCUAAAAUAAUCAUUAACUAAGAGGGGCAAGAUUUGGCCCCAGGUGAGCAAAAUACAAGAGCUGCUUCCCCAAAAGAGUCUUUUGGUGGUUUUAUGAAGUGCAAUCAUGAGUUUGAAAAUAUCAGUACACACAAACUUGCUUGUCUGAUUAGUGUUGCAUAAGGAGAAACAAAAUGUUGGUUAGUCUUCGAGGUGUAAGGAUUAAUAGUGUUUUGUCUUUCUUUUUUCUUGAACAGGUCUCAUCAGAUUUACUACAUGUUUGGGUUCUUGUUUGUUGUGUGUUUAAUUUUGCUGUUGACUGUAUCUGAGACUACUGUUCUGUUGUGCUAUUUUCAUCUUUGUGCCGAGGUAUGACUCACAAAAUACAUGUAAACUCAGCUAUGAAAACAGUUCCUAGAAUCCACAAUCUUGGACAAAAAUUGUUAAGAAUUGUACCCGCAAGAUGCCUAUCCAGCAGGUUUGGUACCACUAUGACCCUCGCCCCACCCUUGUCAGUGUUGUUCAGUCAUGGGCAGAAAUGAUCCAGCCAGUCUUGUUUUUUGGGGAAGGGUGAAGAAGGAAGUAUUUGUAAUGAGCAGUACAAUUGUACGUUUAAGAGCUUUGGCAGUGACGUCCAUUUUUCUUAACAUUUUCUUCCAAGAUUGUAGGAUGGAUUUAGUAUGUGUAACCUUUUUUUUCUGCUGGUCCUACAAUGUCAGUUAUGUGAGUAGUCAUUUAUUUCUCCAUAGAUCAAACAAGUUUACAGAAACAAAUAAUUAAUUAAGAAAUAACUUAAGUGAAAAAGGACAAAAAUAGUAAAACUAAUACAUUGUCCUUAUUGAUGGAAAAGUAUAAAAGAUUUCCUAUUAAGUGGAUACAACGUGAAAUAAAUGCUAAUACAGAAACAAAACAAGAUAAUAUACAAUAAGCAAAUAAAAUGUAACUGGUCCAAACAAACGCACAAGCACGCACACACACACACACACACACACACAAAAUCGAUCUAUGUAUUAAGUAUGAGUAGAUAAAGCAACUCAUGAAUGAAUAGUGAAGCUGACAAAAUCUUAUAGAGUAACCAUUUGAAUGGGACCUCUUCGGCAUUAUUAUUUAUUUCAGUAACACGUGUUGUGUUUGGCCUGGACAUUGUACAGAUUUGGCAAUAUUUUCUUAAAUUUGAUUUUUAUUGACUUGCCUAGCCUGGGAAAAAUGCUGACAGUUAGCGAUUCUACCACUGGUUUUCCCGCCAAAUGACGCCUGAGAAAAUGUCUGACGGGAAGUUUGGAGAGCACGAGGCGUUCGCACGAGGCGCAGCCGAGUGCAACCACUGGUUUCCCCAAGUGCUCAAAUGACGCCUGAGAAACAAAGCGAUCAAUGCAGCAGUUAACUUAAAAUUUUAUUAUUGAUGUACGCGUCAAUGUUUACGUCACUAUAUUUUUUUCCCUCACAGUUAAUCAUGUUUUUAUCCUGAAACUGGGAGAAAGUGUACUCUAAAAUGAUCGUAAAAUCCAUAUUUAGGUGCCAGAAAACUAUUAAUUUACCGAAAAAUUGUUAUUGAGAGAAAACAACUUUGCAAAGAAUGAUCUCACGCCACCGCACAGCUCGCGCGGAGAUGACAACAACAACAGCAACACUCACCUCUUUUCCUUACUAUCGGUUAACAAAUUCAAACGUUUCCUCUUAAAUUUCCUUGUAAAACACAUGAUAAACGCUUCAUUGUCUAUUGCUGAGUUAUGGAUGCACUCACGAGAUUCGGAUUGCUAAGCUCACAACAACUCGAGGAAUUAUGAAUAGUUUAUUGACGUCAUCAGCGUGCUCAAUAGGAAUAUGAAGCACGCUCGCGCUAUUGAAUUUGAUUAGGCGAAUUUUCUAGCUAUGUUAUAAUUCCAUACUGAUGACGCGUCGCUACCCAGAUCUGGCUAGUGCUUCUGAUUGGUUGAAAAAAUUUCCCACUCGGCACGACCAAUCAGAAUCACUAGCCAGAUCUGGGUGGUGACGCGUCAACAGUUCAUUUCUGCGUUCGUGUCUCAGACGUCAUUUGGCGGGGAAACCAGUGGUAGGGUCGCCAAAUGUCGGCUGUUUUCUCAGGCUUUUACUUGUCUAGUCAUCUGAAUUCUUCAACUGUUCUGUUGUAUUUCAGGAUUAUCAUUGGUGGUGGCGAUCGUUCCUGACUGGCGGCUGUACUGCCUUGUAUUUCUUCUUGUACUCUAUCCAUUUCUUCUGCACCAAGCUGACCAUCAGUGGGACGGCCUCCACCUUCCUGUACUUUGGUUAUACUCUUAUCAUGGUUCUAAUCUUCUUUUUAUUUACUGGUAAGAAGACCACUGAUAUUGAUCACUUGUUGACACUUUGUAAGAGGCAAUCUCCCUAAAAGUGUUCCACUCGAUUUUCGGACUAGAAAAACGCGUUUGCUUUUAUUACAUUUUUAUCGUCAAUACUGCUGUCCAUCUUAAUAAGAAAUUGCAGUUAGAAUGAGGAAAUCAGACUUCUCAAACUCUUUAAUAAUUCAUAAAGAUAAUUCAAAGGAACUUAAUGUUUAAGGAGUGUUUGGAAAUCAAACGGAAAACUGCUCAUUUUUGCAUCCUUAAUUUCUCCUAAAAUCAUUUUGUUUGGAAAGUAAUAUUAAGCAUUCAACGCAGUGUUUCAUCACGAGAUGAAACACCUCGAACUUCGUCAAAAAUACUCCGCUGCGCGUCGUAUUUUCAACUUCCUUCUCGACUUUUCAUUUGGUGAUGAAACACUGCGUCUCAUGCUUGAUAUAUUAGGUCAAAAAACGGACAAGAAAUUGGACAUGAAAUGGGCCAUGAAAUUGGACAAAAUAUCAACCAUGAAAUCAGACAAGAAAUCCGGCAAAAAAAAAUCGUUCACGCCUAUGAUUUCCACUCAUCUUUUUUGUGUAAAUGGUAACCCCCCUUGUUAUAUUAAUCUCUUUGUUCUUUUUUUCAGGCACAGUGGGAUUCUUCGCAUGCUUUUUCUUUGUGAGGAAAAUCUACAGUAUUGUCAAAGUCGAUUAACUUUGUUUCACCAUAGACAAACAUUCUGUGGCACUGAAAAGAAACAUUCCCAUUAGAAAUUUCCACUUCUUCGUGAGCAUAAGUUUGGCUUAAUAGUAAACUUCCCUUACUGGUAUUUAUGUGAAGUAAUAUUUAGUACGUAGUGUAUUAAAAAUGCCGCAGAUGAAAGCCCCUCUUUAUGUGGAAAUGACAGAUCGAAUAAAAUGAGUAACUGCUCAUCUUCAAGUAGAAUUGCUUAAAAACGAGGGUGUAAGAAAAUUUGGUUUAUGUUGGUAGUGCGGGAACUAUUGUUGGUUAGUUAUUUCGCUGUGGUGGGGUUAUUGUUGUUAAUAAUUAUUGCUUUUUUCAGUCUUUAGAUUUACAUCAUUUAGAGGUCACACAAUUACCAAAACUUAGAAAACACCCUAAAAUUUGACUUUUUGUUUUUUCAUGGCUUUGUUUCCCUAAAAUCUGGCAGAAAACGACUGAUUUCGAGACAACUUUGUCUUGAGGGGCACAGAAGUGACCAGAAAUAAAAAAAAAAAUCUGUCAUUAUGUUCUCCCCUAGUUUUGUAACCAAGGUGAUGUGCAUGAAUUUGCAUAUAUUUACAUAAUUAGUACGUAAGCACGACCUAUUUAAUCAGUAUAAGUAUGUAUAAAUGGACUCGUGUGUUGCCUGCCCGUGUGUAGACUUCUAAUACAAAAUUUACGGUAGAAGUCUUCAAAUUGGCAGCCACUAAAGGUGUCUGUGCGAGGUUUUCCUUCAAGUUUCUUAAAUUUAGCAAUUAGAUAAGAGAAGUAAUGCAGUUCCAAUUACGUAGGUUUAUAUGGCUCUGUAGCUGUCCCUUGUUGUAAACAUUUUGUUGGCUUGUGAUAACUCCUUCUCAGUCAUGCACUUUUUGGCAAGUAGUCCAAUUAAAACGUUAUCACUAUCAAGGUCAUGUCUAAGCAAUUAACUAAGUAAUUCGAGUGGAAAACUUUCAUCGUCACAAUAAGAUUUUCCACACAAAAAAAGGCUUUAUCCUUCAAAUGGCUUAUAGUAAGGUUUAAGAGCUAAUGCUUUGUACAACAUAAUUUACAAAAUGUCCAUGUUAAUUCUUCAUGUUUAAUAUAAAUCUAUGCACGAGUAAUGGUCAUGAAGUGAUAAAUACAAGUGUUGCUUAAUAACUAAAGAUCAGCUUAGCGCUCUUGGACUCCUUUAUUCCAGUUUUAUUGGGCAGCGUUUAUUCCAAUAAUUAAUUGCAUCUGUAGUAAUUAUGGAAGCAAUGUGCUUUAACUUAGAGACCUCGGUCUUCCCAGGGUUUUAUGUCUAUCACAAAUUGUAAGCUUUCAUUAAUUUUGUCUUGUUAUAAGGAAAAAGGCUGUAGUUUACUGAUUAAAUAUAUUA